AUGGGGGUCGUGUUGCCACCUCCUGAUGUCCGGCGCUGGUCCCGCUGUGCCAUCCCUCUCGCGGCCUUUGCACUGCUGUUGCUUUGCUUUGGUGCUCGGAUAUCCAGUAUGCUGGGGACUAAGGCAGGGGCUGGGAGCGCCAGAUCCCGCGAGAGUCAGGACCCCAGGUGGCAUCCUCCGUGUCUGGACCCUGAGGGGAUGCUGGGGCGCAUGAUGCGACCGUUCCGUGCCAGUCUGAACGUCGAAGGGGACGUGGUCUUGUCGCAGUACUUGGCUGGCUGGAGGGCACUGCUCAGGCUCCUAACUCCCCUCGGCUCCGUCUUCACCUUCGCCACGAGCGAAGCCAUCAGCAAGGUGACAGCCCUGGAAGCUCAGGUACACGGCCCGGACGCCGCGCACUACACGUCGCUGGGGGCCAUGGUGGCUUGGGAGCAGCAGGCGGGAGUGCUGCAGCGGCGGGGAACAGCACCCCGAGACUCAUCCGGGGCCUCAGGCUUGCAAACACUGCUCCUGCCGCACCGCGCACUGCUGUCCCAGCUCUGUCUCCACCGCGCGGCCACCGGCACGGGGAGGCCGGACGUCGGCGCGCAGUGAGGUGAUGCCUAUGGCGCAGCCCUGGCCCCUCACCACCCUUGGCUCAUCCGUCAGGCCGCCCGCCUCGCGUUCCUCGCCCUCCCAGGUCGUGGCCGUUUGCUCGAGCUGGCCUGUCCCGGGGCUGGAGAGGCAGAGGCGCGGGCCGCGCUGGUCCGAGCCGCCAGGACCCUGGAGGACGUCUACAGCCGCACCCAGGGCCUGCUGGCCGAGCGCGGUCUGCUGCUGUUGGCCUGAAGACCUCUGAAACCGAGUCUGGC